AUGACUGAAAUAUUGUACAGACAGUAUGUAGGCGAAUCUGAUUUACCACACAUUAUGGCGCUCGUACAGAGUGAGCUCAGUGAGCCGUAUGUCAUAUACACAUAUCGUUAUUUCCUCCAUCAAUGGCCACAACUUUCUUUUCUCGCAAUACCUGCGGGAUCGUCGGAGCCGAUAGGUGUCAUAGUCUGCAAGCAGAGUAUGCACAAGCAUGCCUCGAAUAGAGGCUAUAUCGCCAUGCUCAGCGUUAGCAAGAGCUGGCGCAAACGUGGUGUAGCAAGCACGUUGGUCAGACGAUCAGUGGAGGUCAUGAGACGAAAUGGAGUUGAUGAAGUCGUUCUUGAAACCGAAUAUGAUAAUGCGCCGGCUCUUUCCCUCUACGAGUCCUUGGGAUUCAUUCGCGAGAAACGGCUGUAUCGAUUCUACCUCAAUGGAAAGGAUGCGUUCCGUUUGGUUCUCGCCGUCCCUCCAUCAGAAUUGGAUCAAGAAUUUCCCCACUACAUGAAGCUUUCCCCCACCCACAAUAUUUUCUCCUAUCCAGUUUCUUCAGACGAUGACGAGGUCUCAUAUCGUUGA